AUGAGUGAACAUGAUUUUGAAAGUAUAAAUAGGCGAAUAAUCUCGAAUGAAGAAAAUGAUGACGAAGCUGAUGACAACGGCUUAUGCUAUGAUUUCGAAAUUGAUUCCCUAUUUCCUAAGGAAAAUAAUCAAUUCACAAACAUCUAUGAAAAAGAAAGUUUCGAACGUCAUAUCUUGGUUGUUGAUUCUGUAUCAAAUCAAACCUUCAUUACGCGUGAAAUUGUUAGUUUACCAAGGGCGACAAGACACAAUUUAAAUCGACUUUUCUUUUUCGCGAAUAUUUCAGAACUUAAAAUGUCUAAUCUUGAAGAAAUUGUCAAGGAAUGA